AUGCUCUCCAGCCUCACAACAAAGCUGGCCCUCAAAAAGGCCGGCAUCCCCAGCGACAUCCUUGACUUUCAGCAGCAGCCAGAAAAGUCAUCGUCCAAGUCAAACCAGGAUGAUCAGCCCCCCCAGAGCUGGGGAUCCUGGAUGUCGAUCCGAUCUCUGCCGCUCACUGUCCAGCCUUGGCUGAACCCUCCGCCCCCGUCCGUGGCCGUAGGUCGCGUGCCGGGCAUCGGGGACAAGGCGCCCGUCGACAGGGAGAGGAGGAUCGUGCUCGGCGGCAAGAGGAGGACGCUGCUCGUCUUUCUGCGCUGCGUUGGCUGCGCGUUCGCACAAAAGACAUUCAUCAACCUGCGUACUCUGUCGAACCGCUACGGUGACGCCCUCACCUGCAUAGCAGUCUCGCAUGCCUCAGAGCAGGCCACCCAGAAGUGGGUAUCCCUCCUCGGCGGCUCCUGGGGCGUCCGCGUGGUUAUCGACGAGGACAGAGCCCUGUACGCAGCCUGGGGACUGGGCACCGGCGGCAUGUGGUAUCUCUUCAACCCUACCACCCAGGUCCAGGGCUGGAAGGAGACGGGGUGGCUAGGAGAGAAGGUGGCCGGGGCCAUUCAAAGGAAGGGCCUUGAGGACAAGAAGGCCCCAAAGAAGGUCACUGCAUUGGAUGACGACGACGAAGACGAGGAUGGGCCCUUGACAGUCAUGGGGAACAAAUGGCAAGAGGCUGGCGCUUUUGCCAUCGACGGGACUGGGACUGUUAUUUGGGGUGGCAAGGCCAUGAGGGCAGAUGAUGUGAUGGAGCUUGAGGAUGGGGCCAGGAUUUUGUUGGCAUAG